UAAAUAUAAAAAAUAAUGUAACGCAAUUCUUAUGACUCAUUUAUAAUAUGCACUUGUAUAUAAUUGAAACUUGAAUAUGAGUGACGAAAUUUUUAAUGAUUAAAAUGUGUUAUUUAAAAGUUUAAUGCGAAACAUGAGUGUUUAUAAUCCGUUUUGAAAUUUAGUAAUAUUCUAGUAUAAAUAAACUUUUCAUUACACAUGAUUUCAUGUAAGUGUUAACCGGGACAUUCAUAGUCUUUUCAUGUACAAAUAUAACAAGAAUAACUUCUUAUUAGAAUAAUGCUGAAUCUGAAGUCAUCAAUUUUCAUACUUUUUACUGAAUGUACUUUAUAACCCAGUUUUUUGAAUAAUUUCACUUACAUAAACAAAUUUAAAUGAUGCUCGAUGUUUGACCUCUAACUCUUAAUAUAACCGUUCAUUUGUAGAAAAUGAAAUUAUUAAAUUAUUAUUGUUAGGCAGGUGAUUUAAUAAAUUCCUCUUAUUUCCUAUACAGUCACAUUUUACUAAUUUAAGUGAUAAUUGUCAUGCGAAUUAUCCUGAUGAUUUACAGAUGGAUUCUAUAUGUAGCCUGUACUUUAAUUUUAGCUCAUAAUUGAUUCCAUAUAAUAGAUUGCCAAAUUUUCACGGUUAGCGGUGAAAGAGUGUUCAGAUCAAUUAUUUCGUGACUUACCCCGUACAUUAAAACAAUCUAUUCACCUAAAAUGGAGCUUCCGGGGAUGUACAGAAAUUUUUGGAUUACAAUUUUAGCAUUCCGAAAUGUGGUUCUCUGCUUUUUAUAUGCUGGGCUAUUAACGUUACUUCCAAUUAUGGUACCUGGUAAGCCAGCAAAAGGAGGCUAUGUUUUACUUCUUAUGUCUGGUUUAUGGGUGACUGAAAUCAUACCGAUUUAUGUGACUGCUCUAAUCCCACUGGUGUUUGGACCACUACUUGGAAUAGCACCGGCAUCAACUAUUUCUCCAUCUUAUACAAGAGAUACAAACAUGCUGUUUUUCGGGGGUUUAAUGAUGGCGUGUGCAAUAGAAAAUAAUUAUGUUCACAAGAGAAUAGCGAUUUCAUUUUUAAAACUUGUAGGAAGUGAUCCAAAAAUGUAUGUCAAUUGA